GACACUUUAUUCCCUCCUUGAAUCUCACUUGUUCAUUUAAAAUACCCAGCUGUGCAGUCAAGUAGCCAAGCUGCAACCAUUACUCUUGCCCAAGCUCCUUAUUCAUUGUGUUCUGGUUUUUACUGUUACUUGUUAUGUACUGAGAGGCUCUCCCAGGCACAAGCAGUAGUAGAGUUAAGUUAAGGGUUUUGGGCUUGGAGGGGCACGUGGAAUGGAGAGGAUUGGACACAAGUGCUAUGGGCCAAAGGUUUUGAGGUUUUGAAUUGUUGUGCUAAACAAGCUAAUACGCACCUUUAUCAAAUCUUUGCAGUGCUCCCUCUAAUUUUGCUGAGGUUGCUUGGAUUCAGAUUUCAUAUAUCUUCCUAAUUCUCCACUCUUUAAAGAACUCUCAAUCACAAACCUAAAUUUUAUACCAAAUCAUUAAUUUAAUAUCUCUUAAAAUUCAAAAUUUCCCAACAACCACCCAAGCUCUAUCCACAAGCCUACUGAACAAAUCAAUUGUGCCCUUAAUUCUCACCAAGUUCCCGCUCACAUCCCAUGUCGCCUUGUCUCUUCUUAAAUGGUCAAUUGAAAAUUAUAUAAUGACCAAGCCUUUGUCUAGUUCUACUAUGAAUUCAGUAUUUUUGUAGCUAUAUUUUAGCUUCACCUCUAACGUUUGUGACUCUGUCCAAUUACAGUUUGUCAGUUCAAGGAGUCCCAAGGAUUUAGAGCAAGGCAAAAAGGAGAUGUUAAAGCUCUCUUAUUUAGGUGGGCAGAGCCGAAUGGAAUCAAUUCAGCUAAAAUUUUGUAAAAAGACAGAGAGUGAAGCUUCAAACAGAAGCGAGCAGAUAAUUAUUGUAGAGAAUCUCAUACCCCAGUUUAUUCAGGAAACUUGGCCAUUAAAUAUUUGCCUCUGCUUUUAAUGUUUGAUAAGUUUGGUAAAGUAUAAUUUCAAGACUAGACUUCACAUGGGGUUUUAUGAAUGAUGUCUUCAUAAUCUAUCUUGUCAAAGUCCCCACUGAGGCUUCCGGUGCUUGAACUAGAGUCUUCGUCCUUUUUUUUAUCAGAGCUUGUAAUAUCAUGGAACAUCAACCUGUUGAGCGAUGAUUUACCUUUUAUUGUUUUGUUAAUUCUUCCUGGUAAAAUAGUCGUUUCUGUAAACCAUAUUUGUUUUCAAUGAUUUCCUGAAAGGAGCAGAUUGAUAAAUUGCUUGUGAGUCAAUGUAACUGCAUAGAUGUUUAAAAUUGCCUCAUAAGACUUGUCUUCAUCCUCCACCUCACUUGAGGACGAUCAAAUUCCAAAUGGAACUCAUUUAAUGUCUCUGGUCUUGUUGCUUGAAUUAUUUUCAAAUACUGUUUAUUUCUCCUCCUUAAAGGUAGAGCACGAAGAUAUCUGUAUAGCUUUCGAGCAAUGGUUGGCUACCCUUAAUGUAGCUAUUUCAUCAUUCCAACAUUAUUAUCAAAGUCUGCAGCUUCGAAUGUCAGUCAAGUUUCUGAACCUAGGCCGAAUUUGGUCUGUACUGAUCUUUUAAUUUGGCUUUGAAUGUGUUUAGCUUUUUGGUUGUCUUGGAGUCACUUUUGAAAAGUAAUGCAAGAAUUUGUAGGUAGGCUAUC